GUCCAACCUCAAGAAGACUGAAGAGCACGACGUACGUACGAACGUGCGUAUCCACUGUCUAGCCUAUAUAUCCAUCGCCACCCUCGCAGCUCCCUUUCAGUUUGCUAGCUAGAGCUACCUGCACGCGAGCGCGCGGCAAUGGGGCGAUCGCCGUGCUGCGACAAGGCGACGGUGAAGCGCGGGCCGUGGUCGGCGGAGGAGGACGCGCGGCUCCAGUCCUACAUCGAGCAGCACGGUGGCGCCGGCGGAAGCUGGAUGAAGCUGCCGCGGAAGGCCGGCCUGCGGCGGUGUGGCAAGAGCUGCCGCCUGCGGUGGCUCAACUACCUCCGCCCGGGCCUCAGUCACGGCGGCUUCUCCCCGGAGGAGGACCACGUCAUCUGCGCGCUCUACGCCGCCGUCGGCAGCAGGUGGUCCCUCAUCGCCGCGCACCUGCCGGGGAGGACCGACAACGGCGUCAAGAACUACUGGAACACGCGCCUCAAGAAGAAGCUCUUCGGCGGCAAGCAACCGCACGGCCGUCAAUACCACGGUCAAGCUGCAAAUGGUGUAAAUGUUGAUGCGGCGCCGCUAGUGCCACCUCUGCCGCCUUGGACCGGCGGCCAGCCAGACAGUGCUGCCGGGUACGUCGGUGGCGAUGAUAUGCACUGCGGAGGCGGCAAAGGCGUGGUGAUCGCCAGCACGAAAGCCGUCGUGAACCAUGGUGCUUUCUCUACCGGCGAGUCUGCUGCCACGAGCUACUCGUACGAAACGGCGCCGGCGACAGAGCUUGACGAGAUCUUCCGGUCCAUCGGCACGAGCGGUGGCGAGCACUCUCAUCUGUCCCAGAGCACCGCGGACACGGAGGCCCUGGGUUGGCAUCAUUGUCAACUAGGCGAAAUUGAGCAAUGGCUGCAUUUUGGGCUCCCAUACUGGUGAUGUGAAUAAAUAACCGUGCGUGCAUGGAUCAUCCAUUCAAAAAGAAAGAUAAAGAAAAU